AUGGAGCAACACGACUUGCUCCUCAUCGUCGACGCGCUAAGUUAUGGCAACUGCUAUCUACGCUCACUAACCGCAUCCUUCCCUAAAAUCAUCUCGAUUUCCGCCCACACGGGUUGUUUUUCACGAAUCGGAGUUCUCGUAUACCGCAACUACCACUGCAACGACGUCCUCGAAUGGUCAGGAUGGCUGAACCAAGGCCAACAUGAAGCCUCGCAAGAGCAACAGCCCGACCUCAUCGCUUUCGUCAAAAGACUGUGCGCAAAAAGGAAGAGGAAACGCAGCUACCGUAAAGCUGUCAAAACCACUCUUGCAAAGGCCUGCCAAGUCAUGCGCGCGAAAGCGAAAACACUGAUCUUUCUAUACGCUGAUAUGCGCCCUGUCGGUGGUUGUUCGAACGGGCGGAAGGAGAAGGCUGCCCUUUUGGUCCCGGGUUCUUACUCCCGAUAUGGCUCCACAUGUAUCGAUUGGGUAUCUGCAUGCAAUGCCCUUCGAGACGGACCGAAACAGGCACAGGUCUUUGCUAUCCUCGCUCCAUCUAUGGGGGUAGAUGAUGCUGCCUGGUACACCUAUCUGUCUACUAGGACUGAUGGAACUUGUGUUCAAGUGAAAAGCUAUCUUCCAGAAGACGUUACUAAGGUGACAAUUGACCUGUUUCUAUCAUGGAUGGGUGUGGAGAAAGCUCCUUACAUCGACAAAUGUCAAUAUGAGGAUAAUUUUGCGGAGUUGCUACACUAUAUCUCGGUCAGGGAAAUUGACAGCCUUGAGAAUGAGAAGGAUAUGGGCACAUAUCCAUAUUUCUCGACUGUUUCACGGUGGCCGGGGCCAGAUUGUCAUGAGAACAUCAUCAAAGUCAAGUUGACCGCGGAUAUCAUGACAGAAUAUGUUCCUAAAAAGACCGCUCCUAUGCCAGACUUUACCGAAGAGAUCGUAUCUCUCAUCAACAGCGUCCCUGACGCAGAAAUGUAUCCUUGCAUCUUCCUUGACCCGACAUUGAGCUUUACCCUCAAAGGAUAUGAUCCAGUAGAUAGGAGCAACAAGCCUAUCUCAUACUUGACCAGAUCUGAGCUGUUGCACAUUGGCCGAUCUUGCAACCCCGGCGUCCUUCGGCGGUUUGGUGCUAUCCUAACCAGAUUGACUGUUGUGGUAUCGGCGAGUAAGAUGCCCGACCACAUCUCCAAUACCACUGCAGAUCAUGUGCGCAAGACUCCAUUUGUAUUAGCAACAGAAAAGUACAACAGACAAUUUUGGAAGGUCCUUUUACACAUCAUUGAGCCGGGAACGAAGCUCUCGGCUCGAUCGGCUACUCUUCUUGCUGCUCUCAGUCUGCGGAUGGGGAUUCGGCCACUCAUGAAACUAGCAGAGCAGGAGAUGCUUGCGUUCAAAGAUAAAUGGAACGACCUUUCCACACCCCAAACAUGGACUGUCGGAUGCUUAAGACUUCUCAUCGACGCCGAUGAAGCACAUCAGAACCAUCAACACACGGAUUUGGGCAUGAACCGGUCCCUAAUUUUGAAUCCUACUGACAGAACACUGUUUGAGCGUCUUAUUUCCUGCCAAGCUGCGAAUCUCCGCAAACAACGGCCCUUCCAGAGUGAAACUAUCUUCCAACUCAUUACUAGAGUGGGCAGCGAAGAAUUCCUCUCUAGGAAAUGGCCUUUCACACCAACUGAGCCCCAGAUACGCUACGACGAAAAAUCCAUCCACAACUCCAAGGAGGUAAUCUCAACCUUCGGGGAGCUUAUUGGAGACUGCAAAACAAUCAACAACAAAUGCUCCCUAUGCUACUCAGCUUUCGAAUACAGUUACCUGCACCCAGCUUGUGGACACAUUGGGUGCCUCCAGCGAAUGUGCAGUACCUGCCUGGCUGCGUGA